CUUACAAUUGGUAUAUCUUGCCUUGACUAUUGUAACUCCCUCCUCAUUGGCCUACAUCAUCGCAGGCUAUCCCCUCUUCAACUCAUCCACCUCACUAACCGUUCUCUAUCAGCCUCCCCUCUCUGCCAAUCCCUCCACUCAGUGUCCUCCACCCCUCUCUGCCAAUCCCCUCCACUCAGUGUCCUCCACCCCUCUCUGCCAAUCCCUCCACUGGUCUCCACUCAAUGUCCUCCACCCCUCUCUGCCAAUCCCUCCACUGGUCUCCACUCAGUGUCCUCCACCCCUCUCUGCCAAUCCCUCCCUCCACUCAGUGUCCUCCACCCCCCUCUCUGCCAAUCCCUCCACUGGCCUCCACUCAGUGUCCUCCACCCCUCUCUGCCAAUCCCUCCACUGGCCUCCACUCAGUGUCCUCCACCCCUCUCUGCCAAUCCCUCCACUGGCCUCCACUCAGUGUCCUCCACCCCUCUCUGCCAAUCCCUCCACUGGUCUCCACUCAGUGUCCUCCACCCCUCUCUGCCAAUCCCUCCACUGGUCUCCACUCAGUGUCCUCCAUCCCUCUCUGCCAAUCCCUCCACUGGCCUCCACUCAGUGUCCUCCAUCCCUCUCUGCCAAUCCCUCCACUGGCCUCCACUCAGUGUCCUCCACCCCUCUCUGCCAAUCCCUCCACUGGCUUCCAGU